AUGGCAACCAUAAAACAGAUCGAUGGACGCACGGUUCAUCAGAUCCAGUCCGGCCAGGUUAUAGUCGACCUUUGCUCUGUUGUGAAGGAACUGGUUGAGAACAGCGUCGAUGCUGGGGCAACAAGCAUAGAUGUUCGUUUCAAAAACCAAGGACUUGAUCUCGUCGAGGUGGCUGACAAUGGGUCUGGCAUCGCCCCUGCCAACUAUCCAUCAGUAGCUCUCAAGCACCAUACGUCAAAGCUCUCUUCAUACUCGGAUAUAGCUACGUUAGAGACAUUUGGUUUCCGGGGUGAAGCAUUAGCCUCAUUAUGUGCUUUGUCGAUUGUGAGCAUCACGACUUGCCAGCAGGGCCAAGCUCCUAAGGGGACCAAGCUCAGCUUCGAGCCAUCAGGGGCCCUCAAAGGAACUGCAGUUGUUGCAGCUUCAAAAGGCACAACCGUUUCAGUUGAGCGUCUCUUCCACAACCUACCAGUUCGUCGGCGUGAGCUUGAGCGAAACAUAAAGCGAGAGUGGAAUAAGGUCAUCGCCCUCCUUGGACAAUACGCUUGUAUUCAAACCAAUCUCAAAUUCUCCGUGUCUCAGCAACCAAACAAAGGGAAAAGAAUUCACCUAUUUUCGACCAAGGGUAAUCCGACCACAAGAGAAAACAUCAUCAAUAUCUUUGGUGCAAAGACGAUGACGGUCCUUGUGCCCCUCGAUUUGACUCUGGAAAUGCAUGAUUCCACAGGCGGUCCAACUUUGCAAAUUGACCAAAAACACGAAUCAAACUCUAGGGAAGUCCGUGUCGUGGGGCAUGUUUCCCGGCCUUCUCACGGUGAUGGACGCCAAACUCCAGAUCGCCAGAUGUUCUUUGUGAACGGGAGGCCAUGUGGCUUACCCCAAUUCUCAAAGGCAUUUAACGAGGUGUACAAGGCUUACAACAACUCACAAGCUCCUUUCAUUCUAGCGGAUAUUCAGCUCGAUACCCACAUGUACGACGUCAAUGUCAGUCCAGACAAGAGGAGUAUAUUGUUACAUGAUCAAAACAUACUGCUUGAUAACCUACGCACUUCCCUAGCAGCCCUUUUCGACUCGCAAGAUUACUCAGUCCCAACCUCUCAGCUCUUGCCCUUUAAGAACCGCACUGAGAAGCAGUCAACUACUAACACGCCCUUCAAACCAUUAUCGAUCACUUCUCAGAAGCCUCUGGAUGAUUCCCAGCCUGAAGUCGAAUCAGAUGGAGACAAUUACGAAGGCAGCGCCAUUGACAAGGUGCCACUUGGUGCCGUAAAGAGGGUUGGCAGGUCAAAAUCAUUAGAGAAAAACAUUAAUAGUCAAAACCUGAUCAGUGGAUGGGUAGAGAGGGGAUCAACGUCGCGGCCAAAAGACCGAAGCGCCACAGCGUCAACUUUUGCACAGAAUCAAAAUCCAUCCGUAUGCCCUUCUAUGAGGCGAGAAGAGCCAAGCCUCUUUAUCCGGAGUCCCUCACUCUCUUCCAGCAGUGAUGAGAAUGAUGCUGGGAAGCCACUCCCUGUGCGCGAUUUCAACAAGCAACUGAAAGUAAACAGUGUUAUGAAGACUGGCUCUUCUCCCAUCAAGAGGAAAUCAUCAGAAUUGCUUGAGACUGAGCCCCAGAUUCCUGCUACUGAACCACUGAGGCGUGGACAAGUCGAGAGCUCCGACACUAGCCCGGUGAAGACGCCACGGAAAAAGGCAAGAUCUGAGGCCGCUACGAUAGUCAUUGGUGAUGAGAUCAUACAGGAUGCUGCGAGUACCCCUGAUGGUCAUGCCAAUAAUGUGGCUGUUUCUGAGGAUGAAAUGGAGGUUGAUGAUCCAAAGCCAUCUUUCGGAAGCCGCCUGACACAGAUCUACGCAGCUGGCAGCCGCACGAUAGAAAGGAAGAUAUCUUUUCGUAAGGAGAGAGCGGGCAAGGGUGAUGAAAUUUCCGAUUCUGAAGGCACAGAUACAAACAGCGACAGCGACACAUCCAAUGCGAACAGGGAUGUGAAAGCUAUCAGUGAGCCAGCUAUUCCGGUUGCUGAGAGCGAUCGACUAGACAAACAGACAGAAACAAGGGACUUGUCUGAUAUUACGCCCUUCACAUUUGUGGUUGAACCUGCCACAACGGAUCAUAAGACUCAAUCUCUCAAGUCUAGUGUACGGAAGAAAGAGUCUACAGCCCAACUACUACAACACCUACGAACGGACGAAAGUCUCAUAAGGCUGGUGUUGGAAUCAUGGAAGAAUAACCUCAGUCCAACUCAAGACUGUACGACUGUCGAUGAAGAAGUGACAGAUCUUGCGGCAGCCAAUGCGGAAGAGAAAUUGUCACUUACUAUAGCUCGCAAGGAUUUUCUAAAAAUGAAAAUAGCCGGGCAAUUUAACAUGGGUUUCAUCAUCGCAACACGUCCCGCGAGCACCAAGUCGGAGGAAGACAUCGAGGUAGCUCAGAAGGACGAGUUGUUUAUCAUUGACCAACACGCAACAGACGAGAAGUAUAACUUUGAGAGAUUGCAAGAGAUCCAGACAGUACAGUCUCAACGACUAGUCCACUCGAAAAGGCUAGAGCUGACAGCACUGGAAGAAGAAAUUGUGUUACAAAAUAUCCCUGCCAUUGAGGCUAACGGGUUCAAGGUCCAUGUCGACAUGACUGGGGAUGAACCCGUGGGCUCAAGGUGUGAAGUCCUGGCGCUCCCCAUGAGUCGUGAGGUGACCUUCUCGAUCACUGACCUUGAAGAACUGAUAGCAUUGCUUGGUGAGGAAUCAUCUGAGUCGAAGCAUAUUCCCCGCCCCUCCAAAGUGAGGAAGAUGUUUGCAUCAAGGGCAUGUCGCAGCAGUGUCAUGAUUGGGAAGGCUUUGACGCAUGGGCAAAUGGAGACGCUUGUGCGGCAUAUGGCAGAGUUGGACAAGCCUUGGAACUGCCCGCAUGGCCGUCCAACGAUGAGACAUCUGUGUCAAUUGGACUCGUGGGAUACGAAGGGGUGGAGGGACGACAACUUGCAGGGUCCAUCGGUAUCUUGGCGAGCGUACUUGAAUGGCGAAUAG